GUGAACAGCAGAGGUCUAACGUUAGCUCAUAUUAGGACAGAGAGACAUUGGACUGUGAAGACGUUUUGCUGUUAACAUUUCCGAAAGCAAAUGUUAACUUUCGGAUAGUACCGUUUGCUAGACUGUCUAGCGUUUCGGAGGCUAGCUUUCGGUUUACUUACUGGUGUUCUGCGGUGGAAAUAGGAAAAAUGUCGUCUCCAAGUCCGGGUAAAAGGCGAAUGGAUACCGAUGUGGUGAAACUCAUCGAGAGCAAACAUGAAGUCACCAUCCUCAGUGGACUCAAUGAAUUUGUAGUGAAGUUUUUCGGACCACAAGGAACACCGUACGAGGGAGGCGUGUGGAAGGUGCGAGUAGAUCUUCCUGACAAAUAUCCUUUCAAAUCGCCAUCAAUAGGAUUCAUGAACAAGAUUUUUCAUCCCAACAUUGACGAAGCGUCAGGGACAGUGUGCUUAGAUGUCAUCAACCAGACAUGGACAGCCCUUUAUGACCUGACCAAUAUCUUUGAGUCGUUCCUGCCCCAGCUGCUGGCUUACCCAAACCCCAUCGACCCCCUGAAUGGAGAUGCAGCUGCCAUGUACCUUCACCGGCCAGAGGAGUACAAGCAGAAAAUCAAAGAGUACAUCCAGAAAUAUGCAACAGAGGAGGCUCUGAAGGAGCAGGAAGAGGGAGCAGGCGACUCUUCAUCCGAAAGCUCCAUGUCGGAUUUCUCAGAAGAUGAGGCCCAGGACAUGGAGUUGUAGUGAUAGGAGGGCUCCCCCAUCCCGCCUCCUCCUUUAACCCCCACAGAGACUAUAUUUGAUUUCCUAACCAUGAGAAAGCAGACUUAUAAUAUUCAUAUUUAAACAAGUUGAUUUUUUUAUUAUUAUUAUUAUUAUUAUUACUACUAAACAAGGAUUUUUAUGGAUAUCUAGCCUUUGGUGUGUUUGACAGACACCCCUCCCGUUCUGUAGCUGUUUCUCCCCUGCUCAGAUGUCGCGAUUGCUCUCGCGCUCCCCCCUCCUCAUCUCCGCAUUUUUAAGGUGUGUCAUGUAGGCAGGAAAUCUCCCAAUGGACAUCUCAUUUUUUUUCCUCAAAUUUGAAAAUAUAACUUUGCAGUUUGACCAGAAUCUUGAUUUCCUUUGUUUUUCCACAGUGCUAAUUGAUUCUGACCAACGUUUGUUUUUUUUCUCCACAACAGAGCUGCUUAGGUCUUACUUGCCUGGGUGCACAGCUCUACAAUAUUAUUAGUGUUUUUUAGGCACACAAGCGCACACAAGGUGACACAGCACACCUUCUAUAAAAGUACAAAAAGUGUAGUGCCAUUAUACACUCAUAAAUCAACCUUGAAUGCUUCCUAAGCGUGUUUUUCAACUAUUUAUUGAGACAAUUUAGUAAAAAAUAUGCAUUUCUUUGAUGUUCAGUUCAGUUGCUUCCUUGGCAUGUUACUUAACUUUUUUGUUACUCUUCAUUGCAGCUGCCUGUGUCCCUGUGCGGCGCAAAAUAAAGGCUUAACAAGGUCAGAUCUUGGAAAACAAAUUGAUUAGACAUGUCUUGUUACAGGGCGAGUGACGAUGUGGUGACAAAGAUGCGUUAGGUUAUUUGGAGUUGAUUUGUGGAGCUAGCUGCAUAAAAAGAAUGUGCAUGAAGGCAGUGAGGACUAAAGUGGCGUUUGUGGAGAUCCUGGUCAGACUCAUUUGGUAUGAUGGGAACUGAAAAUAGACGGAGCUACCCUUUAACCAUCUAACCAUAAUUUUUCAUGCAGUUUGUACUAGUUUUCUGCACCAAACAUUCUCAGUGUGCAGGACGCCACUGGCUCUCAGUCACCU